AUGGAUCCUCGAGCCGGCAGAUCACCGUCCCCUGGACAUCCUCUAGAGUCGUACGCUCUGCACGACAAUCCCUACACCCACGACGAACCGCUACACAUGCCCAUGGGUCCCGGUCCACGUCCAGGCGCGACACCCCUGUCCGGAGCUUCUUCAGACAGACUCCAGGCACAACCCACCUUCUCAGUGGAGCAUGUUCCAGGAACUUACGCUCACAACGAUAGCUACGACUCGCAGCACCCUUACCAAUCGAGCCCCGUCUACCCUCCUGGCGAAUACGCUUUGUCGCCCGAAGACCACCACGAUGCAUACCACAGCCAGCCCUACCAGCCUGCCAUUACUCCGUUAGAAGAGGUCUACGGCCCCCCGUCGGGCGAACAACAUCCACACUACUGGCAGGACGAGGUCGACACUCGCCCCAUCUUACAACAAGACUCUGCCUAUGGUCCCGAUCCUCAUCAGAUGCCCACUCCUGUCAUGGAAGAGCAGAUGGAAAUGGAGAUGACCGCAGAUCAGCCACAAUCAGGUGGCGGCAUUCGUCGCUGGAAGACGGUGAAGGAAGUUCAAUUGUUCAACGGCAACCUGGUUCUCGACUGCCCUGUACCUCCCAGACUUUUGAAUCAGAUUCAACAUGCUCAACCCCCGGAGCGUGACGAGUUCACCCACAUGCGCUACUCUGCCGCCACUUGCGACCCUUCAGAGUUCUACUCCGAGCGCUUCACCCUGCGUCAGAAGCUUUUCGCCAAACCGAGGCACACCGAAUUGUUCAUUGUCAUCACCAUGUACAACGAGGAGGACGAGCUAUUCGCCCGUACCCUGAUGGGUGUCAUCAAGAACAUCGAAUACAUGAAUUCAAGAAAUAGCAGCAAGACCUGGGGCAAAGAGGCUUGGAAGAAGAUUGUUGUCUGUGUUGUCAGCGAUGGUCGUGCCAAGAUCAACCCUCGUACCAGAGCCGUUCUCGCAGGUCUGGGUGUCUAUCAGGACGGCAUCGCCAAGCAGCAAGUCAACGGCAAGGAUGUCACUGCUCACAUCUACGAAUACACCACUCAGAUGGCACUCGACCUCAAAAAGGGCGUGGUCUCUGUUAAGAAAGGAAACACACCUGUUCAGAUGCUGUUCUGUCUCAAGGAGAAGAACCAAAAGAAGAUCAACUCACACAGAUGGUUCUUCCAAGCUUUCGGCGAGGUUCUCGAUCCCAACAUCUGUGUGCUGAUCGAUGCCGGUACAAAGCCUGGAAAAGACUCCAUCUACAAGCUAUGGAAGGCUUUUGACCUCGAGCCUAUGUGCGCUGGUGCUUGUGGUGAGAUCAAGGCUAUGUUGGACCAUGGCAAGACUCUCAUCAACCCGCUGGUCGCUGCGCAGAACUUCGAGUACAAGAUGAGCAACAUCCUGGACAAGCCUCUGGAGUCUGCUUUUGGUUUCAUUAGUGUCCUUCCCGGUGCUUUCUCUGCCUACCGCUUUAUGGCUCUCCAGAACGACAAGACCGGUCAAGGUCCUCUGGAGAAGUACUUUGCUGGUGAGAAGAUGCACGGUGCUAACGCCGGUAUCUUCACUGCCAACAUGUAUCUUGCCGAGGAUCGUAUUCUCUGUUUCGAGCUUGUCUCAAAGCGCAAUUGUUCUUGGAUUCUGCAAUACGUCAAGAACGCUACCGGCGAGACCGAUGUGCCUACCGAGAUGGCAGAUUUCAUCCUCCAAAGAAGACGCUGGCUCAAUGGCAGUUUCUUUGCAGCAGUCUACGCCCUUGCCCAUUUCCAUCAAAUCUUCCGCAGCAACCACUCCGUUGGUCGCAACUUCAUGUUCAUGAUUGAAUUCUUCUACCAAGGUGUCAGCAUGCUUUUCGCUUGGUUCGCUAUCGGUAACUUCUUCCUCGUCUUCCGCAUUCUUACAGGUUCGCUCUCGGAUACAAGUCUCAACUUUCCACCAGGAAAAGUGCUCGGUGUGCUGUUCGAGUGGAUCUACCUCGCCGUCUUGAUCACUUGCUUCGUCCUCGCGCUCGGCAAUCGUCCGCAGGGCUCAAACAAGUUCUACAUGACACAGGUCUACUUCUGGGCAAUCCUCAUGGCCUAUCUCAUGUUCGCCACCGUCUUCAUCACCGUCAAGUCUGUGCAGGCACAACUCAAGGAGCACGAUCACUUCACUUUCAGCAUGCUCUUCACCAACUCGUUGUUCUUGACCUUGAUUGUCUCGAUGGCCAGUACAUACGUGCUGUACUUUGUCGCCUCUUUCAUGUUCUUGGAUCCUUGGCACAUGUUUACAUCUUUCUUCCAAUACCUCCUCCUGACGCCAACUUACAUCAACAUCCUCAACGUCUACGCCUUCUGCAACACACACGAUAUCACUUGGGGUACCAAGGGAGAUGACAAGCCUGAAAAGCUGCCGUCUGCCGUGACCAAGCCGGGUGGCAAGGUUGAUGUCACUAUCCCUAGCGACGAUCAUGAUCUCAACAGCCAGUACGAAGAAGAACUUCGUGUGUUCUCCACCAAAUGGACACCUCCCGCCAAAGCUCCUUCGGCCGCUGAAAAGCACGAGGAUUAUUACAAGGGAUUCAGAAGUGCCGUCGUCUUGGCUUGGAUGUUCUGCAAUCUUGCACUUGCCGCAGUCGUUCUCAAUACCGGUGGUCUUGACCGUGUCUCCGUCGGUGUUCAAGAUGACAAUCAACGUAGUACCAUCUACAUGAGCGUCGUCCUCUGGAGUGUCGCAGUCCUCAGUGCCUUCAGAUUCAUUGGCGCCUGCUGGUUCUUGGUCGUCAGACUGAUCAGAGGUGUUUAG